AUGACCUCACGAGACAACUAUACCGCCGCCAAUCACUCAGCCAUCCCAGACAAUCUGGGGCCGAGACUUUCGGCUUUCUUCCGGUCCUGGGAUGAUGCACACACACAAGACCACGCGUAUUUGAAUCUGUUCGCGCCAGACGCCAAACUGGUCUUUGGGCCAACACCUUCUGUAGGCCGCGAUGCCAUCCGUGCCUUCCGAGGCGCCAUGGUGCAUCCAACGAAUGGCCCAGUUGUUAGUCUUCAGCACACGCUAGAAAAGGUCUUCGUCGUCGCCGGAGGUGCUGGGAAUGGGCGGCAGGAGAUUGUUCUCACUGGAUCGAUCUGGUAUAAGCUGAAGAACGGACGACGAGUGGAUGCGGACUUUGCGAGCUCGAUGGUGUUUGCGGACAACGGCCAAGGAGAACUUCAGGCCAAAUUCUACGAAGUAUACGUCGACUCGUUGGAGUUGAUAACUGCGAUCAAGGAAUUGUAA